AUGGAGAACACAGAUGGUAAAUAUAUUUCCCCGUUUCAUGACAUUCCACUGUUUGCUGGAUCUAGAGAGGUCCUGUUUAAUAUGAUUGUAGAAGUGCCACGUUGGACAAAUGCAAAAAUGGAGAUUGCCACUGAGGAGCCGUUGAAUCCCAUUAAACAAGAUGUAAAGAAAGGCAAGCUUCGAUAUGUGGCAAAUGUCUUUCCUCACAAGGGUUAUAUAUGGAAUUAUGGUGCCCUCCCACAGACCUGGGAAGAUCCAAACCAUACAGAUAACAUUACAGGAUGCUGUGGGGAUAAUGAUCCUAUUGAUGUUUGUGAAAUAGGCUCAAAGAUUCGUUCUUCUGGUGAGAUUGUUCAGGUGAAGGUCUUGGGUGUUUUAGCUCUUGUUGAUGAAGGAGAGACAGAUUGGAAGAUAAUUGCGAUCAGUGUGGAUGACCCAGAAGCUCAGAAAAUCCAUGAUAUUGAAGAUGUCAAGAAGCACAAACCAGGUUACCUUGAGGCUACGGUUGACUGGUUCCGAUUAUAUAAAGUCCCUGAUGGUAAACCGGAAAAUCGGUUUGCUUUUAAUGGAGAAUUUAAAGACAAGGAUUUUGCUGUUGAAAUUAUUAAAUCCACCCAUGAAUACUGGAAAGCUUUGCUUCAUAAAAAAGCUGAUGGAGGCACUAUUAAGUGCACAAAUGUUCUGGUGAGUGGCAGCCCAUUUUGUUGCAGUGAGGAGGAUGCCCGAUCGAUCGUGCAGUCGGAAAAGAAGAUUCAGAACUCCAAAACUGAAAUAAAGUAG